AUGGACGACAAAUGUUGCGAACUCAAGGCGCGCAAAAACAAGUCACUUCGUCGCCCGCGCCGUAAGGUACGAGACCCCGAGCUAGGCAUUGCCCUCCAGGGAGCCCCGGAGUCGACACCGCCGACCGAAUCAAGAGGUGAUGCGACCUUGCCUGGGGUAAUUGAUAUCGGCCAGGAACAGGAACUUGACGUGCUAUCUACGCAAAGCGAGCAGAUUCCCGGCAGCUUUGAGAUGCCCCAAGGCCCUCCAUGCGAUACUAGUGUCAACGACGUCCUGAUCGACCCCGAGUUAGAUAUGCGGGGAGAGGAAAGCGACAGGCCGCCCGCCAGAAUGGCCCAGCAACCAGCCGAGCAGGAAUGCCAGAAUAAAUCACAAGAGGUCUUUUACUCUUACUACUCCUUCUUAACCAUCAACCGGAUCAUGGAGAUUCUGCCCGAAGACCUCGAUUUUCUCGACUCUCAAGGCUGUCUAGAUGUGCCUAAGCGCUCUCUCCUGGAUGAAUUCGUCCGGCACUACUUUCUCCAUGUCCAUCCGCUCCUGCCGAUCAUGGACGAGGAAGAGUUUUGGAAGGCCUAUGACGAGACGCCUGGAAUGGAUAUCGAGCCCGACCAAAUUUCGCUCUUGGUCUUGAGAGCAAUGAUGUUUCUUUCCUGUUCUUUCGUACGACACUCUACUAUCAGGGCCCUCGGUUUUGCCUCAUGUCGAGAUGCCAGGAUAAAAUUCUACCGCUGCGCGAACCUCCUCUACAUCUUCGAUAGCGAGUCAUGCCCGAUUUACCAAGCGCAGGCGGCUUUGAUGCUUUCUCAUUCAACGCCGCCGGCUAACAGUUCAUGGCUUAGCCGCGCCAUCCACCACACAACAACGGCCGAGCAGCAAUACCAAGGCAAACGAACAAAGCCCGAUAUCUGCGCUCAUAGUAGUGUAUCGGCCAGUACUUCCACCCAGAGAGGUCGAAAAAUGUUGAAGAAGGUCAGACUCGGGUGCAUCAUUCGCGACCGGACUUUGACCCUCCUGGCCAGAUGUCCUCUGCAGAACGCCGAACACCAUUUCGGCGCCGAGGCCUGUGCAAGCACCUUCCUGGACGAGGUCUUUGAUGAAUCGAAACAGUCGCGCAUGUAUACUCCCGGUAUUAAAAGGAAGCAAGCGGGAAUACUUGCCUCGAUCAUCAAACUGCACUUGAUUGCGACGAGCGCGCCGAACACGCAAGACUCGGACUCUCUGCGGCGAGGUACCGGUACAGCACGAGCCGCAUUCAUGGCAGUUCAAGACCUCAAAGCGUCUAUCAAAUCAUGGCACGACUCUGUGGUCCUGGAAUUUCCAAUGAGCACAUUCCAGGGCGCAGGCCAUGUCGGAUCCCAGAACAGAAAGGACCGCUUCCUUCCGCACGAAUCCGUACCUCUUUAUACGAGCCUGAUGUAUAUGUACUAUCAUUCAGCUCGAGUCUUCCUGUGCAACCUGGAGACCCUUCAUCUCUCAAAGGCCGUCAUCGCCCCAGAGGAGAACUGGAGUGCACGAAGCGCCCUUUCUAUGCUUGACGGGAACUACAAGGAGCUACGGAGUGCGCUGGGGGAAGUAGCCGAGUGUGUUAGUACCAUCGUACAACUGGACUUUGUACAGUGGCUACCUUUGGCAGUGGUUCCUUGUCUCUUUCUCCCCCUUGCGCUCGACAUCCUAAACGUACAGCUUCCCGAAGACUGCCAAGCUAAGCCGCCAAAACUGGAAGCAGUCGCUGGGAAGCUGAGCCGCCGCACAAAGGCCUUCUUGGAUGCGAUGAAUACGUACAGGGAGAGAUACGAUAGCGUAGACAAGCUAGUCGACUUGCUGGAGCAACUUCUGCGUCUUAGCCAUGUUGAUAAGUUUGACGAGGAGGGAGAUGAAGAGAUGGACGGGGACAGUCCGAUUCUUUCCCCGACCGGAUCAUAUAUGCUACUAGUGUUUCUUCUCCAUAUGUCUUUCAUGCGCGCCCGCCUAUUGGACCUGAGCGAGAUUCCAACGAGUCUACAAGGCUGGUUUGGUAAAUGGGGUGGGGAAAGUCCCGUUCGGACUCUGAUCCGCAUUCACCGCCGAAGCAGGAACAGGAGAGGCACAGGCAAUAAUGCGUUAACAGGUACUAUAGACUGCGCCGUGGGGGCUCGUACCCCUGGGGAGAGCUCGGCUGGUCCAUCCCCGGCCUACUCUGCUAGCGGUAGCAGUAGCUCCUGCGACACGCUGACACUCGGAACAAGCCUAGGUAGGCUGGGAUGGCCAAUGAAUGGAAGUGUGGCAGAGCAUGAGCUAGUAGGGGAUCUGGCGCUUGAAAUGGAUUUUGGGGGCGAGCUGACGCAACCGCUCGAGACCCAGCUACUAGGGGUACCGAAUGAAUGGACAGAAUGGAUCAACGGUGGGUGGGAGGAGGACAUGACAAUGCCGAAUGCGUGA